GUGAUGCAAUCCCAGAAUCAACCAGAACCAAAGCCUCAAGCCUAAUCAUCACUACACUCAUACAAAAGACCUUGUUUUCCCUCUUUUAUCUGCACUAACUAGUAGUUUAAAGUGAUCUUCAUAGCCUUUUCUUAUAGUUGCAUUUGGUUACAUAUCUAUAUAUCUUAGAUAUAUAACUCUCCUUUAGUAUUAUAUUAACCAUACACACACACACAAAAAAAAAAAAAAAAGUUUUAGCUGAAAUAUGGACAAAGUAAGAGACUUGGCAUCACAAAGAGCUGCUGUGAUCUUCACCAGGAGCUCAUGCUAUAUGUGUCACACAGUGAAGGCACUCUUCUAUGAGCUUGGAGCGAGCCCGGCGAUCCAUGAGCUUGACCGCAAUGCCAAUGGGAAGGAGAUGGAGUGGGCUUUGCGCGAGCAGAUGGGGUGUAACCCUGCUGUCCCAGCUGUGUUUAUAGGAGGAAAGUUUGUUGGGUCAGCUAAAGAUAUUAUAUCUCUCCAUGUUGAUGGCUCUCUCAAGCAAAUGCUCAUUGAUGCUAGAGCCAUCUGGUUCUAGCUACUAUUACUACACAAUUAUACCAAUAAGGAUUAACAAAAAACAAAAGAUUACUACGUUAAUCUUAUAUGCUUAAUAGUUAAUAUAACGAGGGCUGUGUUUUUUGGCUCAAUUUUCUGGUGACUGUAUUUGAAAUGAAGCCAGAAAAUAUAAAUAUAGUAUGUGGAAAAAAACAACAUACAUAUAAAAAAUGUAGCCUUCUGUUUUCUGAGAUGAGAGUCUCAACAUGGAAAUAUAUAGUUUUACUUUUGUUAUGAAAUUUGAUCGGAAGUUUCUUAAUCUUAGAGUUUCAUGAAAGCUACUUGUGUGUAA